UUGUGCUUCGCUCCAAGCCUAUCGCAACUUUCUCGCCUCCGCGCUUACGUCUACUUCAACGUUUUCAAUAUUAAAAAAAUGAGUCGGUUUAUGUUUUCUUCGUUCUCGGAAGAUGAAUUCUGUAAUGAAUCUCUGAACAUGUCUCCAGAAGGCGAGUGGGGAGUUUGGUGUGACAACGACAACUUCGAAGCUUUCUCCCUUAACACCUGCCAACAGAGAGUUCGCUGUGCUCAACCAAAACCUGGGCCUCAACCACCACCGCCACCGCUAAUAACUGCUCAAUGUCCAACAACUCUUCCAUGUGUGGCUCCUGUUCCGGAGGCUUGUAUAUCGGCAACGAUAUCAUCGGGCUCGGGUUACACCACCACCUUGUCCCGUCCCAACAGUGCUUUGUCGCAUAAAGAGCUAUCGCCAGCUUCUCAAUUCAGCAGCAGUUCUCCAGCAUAUAUAUAUGAUUAUUCUCAAAACAAUUCCUUAACAUUUUCUUCUUCUAUUCCUUCUGAUCUAUGUAAUAACAACUUUGGAAACGUUGAACUAAACGAUUAUAACUUCGAAGACUUCGCUCAAGAUGUGACUGUUUCAUACAGGGACUAUAUAAAUCCUCAACCUGCCGUUCUGGCUCCAGAAGAGUCAUCUUUCCUGGAUAAUCUCAUUCUGUCAGCUCGUGAAGAAAUUUCAAAGGAGGGAGAGGCUCCACAAAUAGAAUCAGCUUGCUCACCUUCACCUUCUGUGAGUUCCACUAAAACGGAUACUCUCAUAUUAACUCCCGAACAUCCAUUGACUAUAAUUGGUGAAGAUGGAAAUGAGUACAAAGUUGUUCUUCAACCUGUUGCCAAGCCCUCUUCAACCAUCAAACGCAAAUCUAGCUCCUCUUCCAUCACUGGUCCUGCUCCUAAAAGAGCGCCUGGUGUUAGUCUCGCAGAAUUCACAGAAGACGAGAUUAACGAGAGAAAAAAGGAGCAGAAUCGUGUUGCAGCUCGUCGGUAUCGAGAUAAAAUGCGAGAAACUCGUGAUUCAGAGAAAGACGAAAAGUCCCGUUUGUGCUCUCGUAAUGAGUAUUUGAAAGAAGAAGCGUCUCGAUUGGAAAAGGAAAUUGCAACUUUAAAGUCUUUGAUGUUUAACGCCGUCCAUUAG